GUUACAACAGCCUGACUGGAGUUAGCUGCCCCCGCGCCCUCUCGCUCUGGGGAAGAGAGGGUCACACACGGCUGCUUCCAUGGGUCUUUUCAGUGUGUGCUAUCCUUUGUCAGAGACGGGCGACGGUGGGUGUUCUGCUGACAGCACUGUUUUAACCCAUGCAGGUGAAAGAGGGAAAGAUUUUUGAUGAUGUGUCCAGUGGGGUCUCUCAAUUGGCGUCCAAGGUCCAGGGGGUUGGCAGUAGGGGAUGGCGGGACGUCACCACCUUUUUUUCUGGGAGAGCAGAGGACCCGUCGGACAGACCCCUGGAGGGCCAGAGCUACCAAAACAGUGGUGGGGACCACCCCCAGAACCGUGCCGUGGACCUGAGCUUCUGGGAGACCUUCGGGAGUGGUGACCCUGCCAAGGGCCACAGGUCCCCGAGCAGCGACAGCUGGACGUGUGCAGACGCCUCGGCCGAGAAGAGGAGCUCGGACAGCUGGGAUGUGUGGGGCUCGGGCUCCACGUCUAACAAUAAGAACAGCGACCACAGCGACCUUGGGGAGGCCUGGGGGGGCGGCGGGGAGGGCAGGGCCAAGACCACCAGAAAGGCUGCGCAGCCUGCCGCGCCAGUAGACGAGGGCUGGGACAACCAGGACUGGUAGGCCUGCUGCGCCCCGGCCCCGGCAGCUGCAGCGGCCCCCGCGUCUGCACUUUGCCCUCACACCUCCUCCCAUCUGACCCCAGAAACCAGCCGUGGCGUGAAGACAGCACCUCGGGUGGGAGCCGGGGUGCGGCAGAGGCUGCGUGCUGCCUCGCAGCCCGUGUCCCGGCUCGCCUAUGGUUCUCAGGCCGCCCGUGGAAACCUGGCCAGGGUGACACGGAGGGCAGAGUCUGCUCCUGGGGAGGCGGGCUGCGCCAUCAUCCCCAUAACACCCUCUCUAAUAAACCCUCCCGAGUGGCUGCCUCACGGCCUGUGCCA